CUCACCAUCUUCUUGCACCAUUUCAUCAAGCACAAAGUUGCAAUAUUGACAAACAACAACAAUGACAUUGUCUUCUUUUCUUAGUGUUAUACUUGCAUUUGCUUUUAUAGCCACCUUUGCCAAUGCUUCCAAUUAUUAUAAGGAUUUUGACAUCACUUGGGGUGAUGGCAGAGCUAAAAUCCUUAACAAUGGUGAACUCCUCACUCUUUCUCUUGACAAGUCUUCCGGCUCAGGUUUUCAGUCCAAAAACGAGUAUCUUUUCGGCAAGAUCGAUAUGCAACUCAAACUCGUCCCCGGAAACUCAGCCGGCACAGUCACAGCUUACUAUUUAUCUUCUCAAGGUGCAACUCAUGAUGAGAUAGACUUUGAGUUUCUAGGAAACUUGAGUGGACAACCUUACACAUUGCACACCAAUGUGUUCACUCAAGGGAAAGGCAAUAGAGAGCAGCAAUUCCAUCUCUGGUUUGAUCCUACCAAAGACUUCCACACUUACUCUGUUGUUUGGAAUCCCCGGCAUGUAAUUUUCAUGGUGGACGGAAUUCCGAUCAGAGAUUUCGUGAACCAUGAGGCAAAUGGUGUGGCUUUUCCGAAAAACCAACCGAUGAGGAUCUACUCAAGCUUAUGGAAUGCUGAUGAUUGGGCAACCAGAGGAGGACUUAUCAAGACAGAUUGGACUCAAGCUCCAUUUGUUGCAUCCUAUAGAAACUUCAAUGCAGAUGCUUGUGUUUGGUCUUCUGGGAAAUCUAGUUGUUCUAAUUCCAAGUCUUCAAACAUGCCAUGGUUUAAUCAACAGUUGGAUUCUUCAAGCCAGAAGAGAUUAAAAUGGGUGCAAAAGAACUACAUGAUCUACAAUUACUGCACUGAUGUCAAGAGGUUUCCUCAAGGCCUCCCCACUGAGUGUUCUCUGCCUUGAUUUCUACAUUAUAUAUGUAUGUGUAUAUGAUGAUACUAUUUGUUAUUCUUUUUUUUAUUAAUGUAUCUCUGUGUAUGUGAAUUGAUUUUGUUAUUAAUGAUCGAUGAGUUCAUUGAAUAAUACAUGAUAUAAUUGUUCUAA